AUGGAAGGCACACUGAUCUCAUUGUCGCCACUCAGGUUCCACCCUUUGAUGACGUCACAAAGAAUCGCUACCGUAACCAAGAGGAGAAAACAAACCACCGUGUGUUGCGACUACUACUACAAAGGAGGGAGAGUGGUGGACGAGAACAUGGUGGUGCUUCGGAAACGGAUCCAUGAGAUGAAGAUGGUUGAGAGAAACUAUGAACCUCCUUCCCAUUGGAUGCAGUGGGAGAAACGUUUAUACUGCGGCUAUGACGCUAUUAUCUGUGACGCUCUCUGUAUUCUCCAAACUUUCCUUAUGAACUCUCGUCCCAGCGUCGCGUUUGGAACGUUGCUUCUUAUUCUCGUUAGCGUUCCCGUCUCCACUGCUUUCUUUGCGUUUCGCAUCCUUGACAUCUUUCUUUGGCUUAUCAAUGCCAUUCACGUAGGAUGA